GAAAUACCUUUCACUCCCAUAUUGUCAGAGUCACAAAAGAAAGGGAACCCGAGUUAGGAUAAGAUCAUCAUUUUGAGUGUCACUACCAAGCCAUCUCUUCUCUUUGAAACACAGACCCAACUCCUUCUCUUUCUCCCUGCAAGUUUCUUCAGCAUACAAUACAAUGGCAGCUCCUUCAACUGCUUCAAUACCCUCUAAAAAUAAGGCUUGGGCCUACUCUGAAUAUGGAAAGGCUGUUGAUGUUUUGAAGCUGGACUCAAAUGUAACCGUGCCAGAAGUGAAGGAAGACCAAGUACUGGUCAAGGUUGUUGCUGCAUCUCUUAACCCUGUCGAUUCUAAGAGGAUGCUUGGGUAUUUCAAGGAAACUGACUCUCCUUUACCAAUUGUUGUGGGCUAUGAUGUAGCUGGGGUAGUGGUGAAAGUGGGAAGCCAAGUGAAGAAUUUCAAGGAAGGAGAUGAAGUAUAUGGAGAUCUCAAUGAAAAAGCUUUAGACCAUCCAAAAAGCUAUGGCUCUUUGGCGGAGUACACUGCUGUUGAAGAGAGACUAUUGGCUCUGAAACCCAAGAAUCUAAGUUUUGUUGAAGCUGCUAGCCUUCCCCUGGCUAUUGAGACUGCCUAUGAAGGCCUUGAACGAACUGAAUUCUCUGCAGGUAAAUCCAUCCUUGUUUUGGGUGGUGCUGGUGGAGUUGGAACACAGAUUAUUCAGCUAGCAAAGCAUGUUUUUGGUGCAUCCAAGGUAGCAGCUACUUCAAGCACUGGGAAACUGGAGCUAUUGAAGAGUUUGGGAGCUGAUUUGGCCAUUGAUUAUACCAAGGAAAACUUUGAAGAACUUCCGGAGAAAUUUGAUGUCGUAUAUGAUGCAGUUGGGCAGACUGAUAGGGCGGUUAAGGCAGUGAAAGAGGGCGGGCAUGUUGUGACAAUAGUAGGCCCUGUAGUUCCACCAGCAACUAUAUUUGUGCUCACUUCUAAAGGGUCUAUCUUGGAGAAACUGAAACCUUACCUGGAAAGUGGGAAGGUGAAGCCAGUGAUUGACCCCAAAAGCCCGUUUCCAUUUUCUAAGACUGUUGAAGCAUUUUCCUACCUUGACUCUAACAGAGCCACCGGAAAAGUGGUCGUAUAUCCAAUCCCAUGAGAAGUAACAUCUAGUUUCAGCAAUCUAUGUAACUAAUAUAUCCUUGCAUAUGUAUUAGGUAUUAUGUAAAAAGGGGUGUGGACAUAUAUUGUUACAUGUUUGAGAUGUUCUACUUUGCAUUCCUACUAUAUGUGUUGGAUUUUAGUAGGAAAUGAAUAUAGAGGAGGAUAAGAACAAGAAGAAUGUAAUUUAUUUAGAAAUAUCACUUAUGAAGUUGAAGUAUGAUGUUUGUUUA